UUGUUUUAUAUUUAGUUUAUAAAAGUAAGUUGCAAUUCAACAAAUGUUUUGUUAACAAUAUUGUGUGUGAAAAUUUAACGAGUGAUUAGUGUUUUCAUUAAAAUUAUGGCUGUUGAUAAACUGAUAUGGAAGAUAGCAUUGGAUUUCUUUGUCCUCCUCUGCGUGGCGUUUCCCCUGCUUGGGCUGCUGCUGUGGGCGGAGCCUUACCACCGCGGCUACUUCGCCGACGACGACUCCCUACGGCUGCCUUACAAGCAACAGCAAAUCUCUGAAGGCCUGCUCGCGGGACUUGGCUUCGCUUUCAUUAUUGUUACAGUUGUAGUCACAGAGUUCGUGCGCGACAAGCGUGGGAACAGUGUGGGCGAGAAGUUUGUGAAUGGGUGGCUAGUGCCGGGCUGGGCUUGGGAGAGCUACGUAACGGUAGGGGUGUACACUUUUGGAGCAGCCUGCCAGCAGCUCACUGUCAACGCUGCUAAAUACGUUAUCGGCAGAUUAAGGCCACAUUUCUUUGAUCUCUGCAGGCCGAUACCUAAUUCGUCGUCCCCAUUGAACGAACUGGGCUACAUCCAAGCAUACACGUGCUCGGGAGCAAGCGCGGCGCAGCUCAAGGAGAUGCGCCUCAGCUUCCCCAGCGCACAUGCCAGCUAUGCAAUGUACACCGCUGUCUUCUUUAUUUUCUACAUCCAGGUGAAGGGCAAGUGGCGCGGCUCGAAGCUGUUACGUCACGGCUGUCAGUUUGCGGCGCUGAUCGCAGCGUGGUACGUGGGCCUGUCGCGAGUGGUAGACCAUAUGCACCACUGGAGUGAUGUCACUGUCGGAUUCCUUGUGGGAUUCGCUUUUGGUGCUAUUGUAUUUGUAUAUAUCUUGAAACCGAAGAAAUACGGUAUGCCGCGCUCAUGGGAGACGGGGCCUCCUGAAAUGCUUCCACAGCCCGUUAUGUCCAGAUGACUACACGCACAAGUUGUUUUUGAAUAAUAGUAUAAUAAAACACUCUUAACCCAAAGGUAUAGGCAGUGCUCAAGUUAAAACAGCCAUAUUUGUAUAUUGACUUUAAUUGAAAAAUAAAACCAUGUAUUUUU